AUGAUCAAUUUAUUGGCGCUAGCUGAUGAUGUCUCACCUGUGAUAAGAGCAUUCGAAGAGUACAAUAUUGUGCCCGAUGUCAUUCCCAGAGCGCCUCCGUGUUUGGUUAAGGUGAAAUACCCAAGCGGCGUUGAAGUAUAUUUAGGCAAAGAGCUCACUCCUACUCAAGUUAAGGAUGAGCCAUUCGUGACGUGGAAUGCCAAAUCUGACAGCUACUACGUGCUCGUCAUGGUCGAUGCCACGAACAUCGAGAAUCGUAUAAAACGCGAAGUGCAACACUGGCUGGUUGGUAACAUUCCCGGUAACAACGUGACCUCAGGCGAGACAAUUUCUGAAUAUAUUGGUUCCGCACCUCUACCAAGAGAUCGCAACAUCUACGUGUUUCUCGUGUACCAACAGCCCGAGAUAUUGAUCUUCGAUGAGCCUCGUAUCUCCAACAGCUCUAUUGCAAAUCGUGACUGGUUCUUCGUUAAACAUUUUGCCACGAAGUACGGUCUUGGUGACCCCGUCAACGGGAACUUCUACGUAGCCCAGUACGAUGAUUAUGUACCCAUCCUUCAUGAACUCGUAAAUCAAAAUGACAACUAA